AUGACAUGUGAUAGAUGCUCAACAGAAGAGGGACGUGGACCGUCUGCCAUUGAGCAGCCUUGGCCAAACGUCGUAGGAACACGGCAUGCAUUUUGCACUGAUAUACCCCUUUGUCGGUGGCGAUAUGUUCUGGGCGUGGGCGAUGACAUUGUUGAUGGGACGAUGAAGUGGGAGUGGUGGAUGAAGACUGGGAGAACAGGAUUUGCAGCCAUGAGAUCGGCAUUUGGCGUGGCUCGGCGCGUGGGUGACGCGAUUUGGCUUUGCAGCAGGGAUUCCCCGGUCAACUUCGAGACGUCCUCUUCUUCCCUUCUCACUCCCUUCAUCUUCUGCUCUAGUCUUGGUUUCAGAGCCUCGACAACUCCAUCAUCAGGCGGAUAUUUCUCGACCGAAUCCGCGAUGCAAUGCAGUGGCAAUCUUCCCCGCACGCCUCACAGUGUCCUCGAAUCUGGACCACCGAUUAGCAAGAAAAGUUUUCUUUACCAGAAUCAUCAACCUGGCCGACUUGCCUCUCAGCACGAUGCAUUGUUGGUGAUUGGAUGUGACUGGCAUACACAGCUUUCGAAGCUCAGUCAGGCACAGCUCUCUUCGAUACCAACUCCCCAACGGACAUGCCCCUCUUCGAUUCGUGCAUCGGAUUUUCCAAAGGACUCUGCGUCGAGUCUUGCCACUCCAUGA